UGCUUUUCUUUCUGCAGCUCUCAUGCGUGAUGAUGAAUCUCGUACAUCAUUAACCUAAGGACCUCACCAAUUGGAAGUUAUUGUUUUUGCCAUCAACUUACCUUUUUGGUCUGGCUCUCUUCCUCAAACAGAGGGAACACCUUUCUUUUCAAUUGCAUUGUUGCGGAAUUAAGCAAAUGGCUGAUAGUAGUGGUUUGGGUAAAAAAUCCACAAAAUGCCCCACAUGUUCAUUUGAUACUCAGGAAGAUACACAUUGUGUAUGUUCCUGUAAAAUAACGGUUUCUUCAACUUCGUUGGAGCAAGUGUCACCAAUAUCAAGUGUUGGUAGUUUAGAACAACUAGCUUCAUCAGAAAGAAAAAAAGAAAAAAUUACCAGCAGAGACACUGCCUCUGGGAAAGAUUUGGUCUCAAGAACCUCAAAUGUAGAGAGAAAAACAUCUCAACAACAAUGGGGUCGGAGUAACUUUACAGAAGGAAAGGUUCCUCACAUAAGGAUGGAUGAUGGAGCUGCUAUUCAGGAAUUCUAUACUUUUGGAAGAAUAUUGGGACAAGGGAGCUUUGGAAUGGUCAUUGAAGCUAUAAACAAGGAAACAGAAACUAAGUGGGCAAUUAAAAAAGUGAAUAAAGAAAAGGCCGGAAGCUCUGCUGUGAAGUUACUUGAACGGGAGGUGAACAUCCUAAAAAGUGUGAAACAUGAAUACAUCAUACACCUGGAACAAGUGUUUGAGACACCUAAGCGAAUGUACCUUGUGAUGGAGCUUUGUGAGGAUGGAGAACUCAAAGGAAUUCUGGAUAGGAAAGGGCAUUUCUCUGAGACUGAGACAAGGUGGAUCAUUCAGAGCCUUGCAUCAGCUAUAGCAUAUCUUCACAAUAAGGAUAUAGUACAUAGAGAUCUAAAACUGGAAAACAUAAUGGUUAAAAGCAGCUUUGUUGAUGCUAACAAUGAAAUGAACUUAAACAUAAAGGUGACUGAUUUUGGCUUAGCAGUGAAGAAGCAAGGUAGGAGUGAAGCCAUGCUGCAGACCACAUGUGGGACUCCUAUCUAUAUGGCCCCUGAAGUUAUCAAUGCCCACGACUAUAGCCAGCAGUGUGACAUUUGGAGCAUAGGCGUCAUAAUGUACAUGUUAUUAUGUGGAGAGCCACCCUUUUUGGCAAACUCAGAAGAUAAACUUUUUGAGUUAAUAAGAAAGGGAGAACUACGUUUUGGAGCUCCAGUCUGGGAUUCCAUAAGUGACUGUGCUAAAAGUGCUUUGAAACAACUUAUGAAAGUUGAUCCUGCUCACAGAAUCACAGCUAAGGAACUGCUAGAUACUCAGUGGAUAACAGGCAAUACACUGUCUUCGGCAAGACCAAUCAACGUAUUAGAAAUGAUGAAGGAAUGGAAAAAUAACCUAGGAAGUGAUGAGGAAAACACAGUGGAUCAAAAGAAGAGCAGUUGGUCCAUUCAAGAAAAGUUGGAAGAUUGCACACCCGGUGUAAAUGUCCACAGUGUCAGUAACACUUCACUGGAAGAGGAGGAAAAACAGCUCACUGCUUGUGAAAAGAUACUUCCUGUGACCAGUGAGAAAGCAAAUAUGGACAGUUUGGACACGCUCUCUUCAGGUACCACAUCUAGCAGACUUCUUCCAGUUGGACUCAAGGAGGAACUAGAGAAAGCCCCUAUAACUUCAAGCCAACAGAUAGCAGGCAAAUUCACUAAUAAAUCCAUUGGCCUGUCUGGAACCAAAAAGAAACUCUAA